UGAAGAACAUCUCACGUACGCAAAAGGAUCAGUCUGAGACAAAAACAUGUCUUUGCUGCGUCAUUACGUACCAAUCCUACUCCUCCAUCUGUGCAUCCUCUCCGGCGAGCCGGCGGCAGCCAAGGUCCCGGCUCUCUUCGUGUUCGGCGACUCCACGGUCGACACGGGCAACAACAACUUCAUCUCCACGGUCGUCCGGAGCGACUUCGUCCCGUACGGCCGCGACCUCCACCUCGGCAAGAGCAAGAGCGACGAUACUGAUCACCCCACACCCACGGGCCGUUUCUCCAACGGCCGCCUCGCCGUGGACUUCAUCUCCGAGACGUUCGGCCUACCGCCGCUCAUGCCACCCUACCUCGACCCGAACGCCGACAUCAGCAACCUCGCCGCCGGCGCCGGCUACGACAAUUCCACCUCCGAUCUCUUCUCCGUCCUGACGAUCUGGGAGGAGCUGGACUACUUCAAGGAAUACGCGGCCAGGCUCAGGGGCUUCCAGGGAGAGGAGAAGGCGGCACAGACGCUCGCGGAGGCGCUGUACGUGGUGAGCAUGGGCACCAACGACUUCCUGGAGAACUACUACGCCGUGCCGCAGGGCCGCGCCUCCCAGUACCCGACAGCGGCGGCGUACGGCCGGGACUACCUGCUGGGCGCGCCGGGGUCGUUCGUGCGCGCGCUGCACGCGCUCGGGGCGCGCAAGCUGGACCUUAACGGGCUCCCGCCCAUGGGCUGCCUCCCCAUGGAGAGCGCCCUCGUGGGCCUACGAUGACGUCGCCGUGGGCUUCAACGAUGGCCGACGCGGGGAAGUUCGCCUUCUAGGACGCUAUCCACCCCACGGAGCGCCUCCACCGCGCCCUGGCCGACGCCAAGAUGAACGCCACGCUCCACGUCUUCCUGUGAUGACGCUACGCUCGGAAGUUCGAUUUCACAUAAAUCACGCUCGCUCCGCCGGAGAUGCUUUCAGACGCCGAUUCACGGGGGAGCUAGAUCAUUUCACUGGUGUCAGUUGACACCAAUGAUUUUCGAUAAAACCUUAUAACUAUAGCACAAAAUUGAAAUUGGCACCAUCCAAAAUAGUUACAAACCAGUGCAAUUAAGCUCUU